AUGUGGUACUGCGGGACUCUCGAAAUCACGCAUGUGUUGCACGUUGUGGACUCAACGGGUUUAGUUUAGGUAGUUUGGAGUGAAGUUUACUGCAUGCCUACAGCAAGUAGGCUGGUUAUAUACUCUACUUGUGCUGUUACUUUGAUAUAUUUGCUUCAUUGUUAUCGAAAAAGACGUAAGCAUAGAGCGGCCAACAGUAACAACCCGAUAAAAAUUGCUGAACAUCCUGUAUCUUCGUCACAAUCAGACGCCAGUGGUACUAAGUUUAGCGAGGAAUCUUUUGCUAUUCAAGAUUUAAUUAGUGACAUUGAAUAUAACGAUCCACUUACCAUCCUCACAGCCGCUUUUGUUAAGGUACCGCUAAAAUUCUAUUUUGAUGUACAGACAAAAUUUACUAACGAACGUUUAGUAGUCUUGAAAGAACAAAACUUGCAAUUGGAAAGUAUUUCUUUCUUGGAAUCACUACUGCCUGUAGCGUUAACUUUUUCUGACACAGCACCCGGAUUGUUAGCAAUGGCGACCAGUCAGACAGUAGUUUCUACCUUGAACAAUAGUUCUGUCUCAGGAUCCGAGUCUGAUCGAGCACUGACGCCCGACUCCAAUUGUGAUUUUUGUGGAAUUACCCUUCCACCUGAAGGUUUCAGUGACCCUUCGAAUGACAUUUAUGAAGCUAACCCCGAAGAGUUGGAUGGCAAAAUUUUGCCAAGAGUUCUCAUUCCUAGUGAUAUGUGGGCUCAAGUCGUUGAUAGAGAUAUCUGGCACGAGACAUUUUUAAUACCUGCCUACAUGGGUGGCGUUUUGAUUGGGCGGCUAGGAAAGAAUGUUAGAGAGCUGCGAAAUGCAUGGGAGGCCGAAUUUAGUUUAAAUACUUGCCCAGGAAAACAAGACACUCUGAUCUUCAAAUUAUCAUGCCCACUUAGACACAAAAAUGAUGUGCUACGCUGGGUAUCCCAUCGAUUCAGAAUGAGACCCUCCAAAACAACAAUUGGAAACCCAAACCAACUGAAGCGUCAACUUCCUCUAGGUGAACCGGUUCCGGUGCAGAUUCGUAGUCUUUAUGGUUCAAAGGAAUUGUUCGUAACAGUACCUGACGAAGAGUACAGCAACUAUCUAGUUAUGCAGGAAGAGCUUGAAAAAGAUUACUCAACCAACAACAAUUACCGUAUGCAACUUUGUGAACCAGUGACAUCAGGAACAGUUGCUGUAGUUCCACAUAGUCAGGGAUUUGCAAGGGCGCUUAUAAUUAGUGUUUAUCCUACCUGGCCAAAGGUAGCGUUCUACUACUUGCUAGACCAUGGGACAUUCGGUAUUGUGCAGCUAAAUAAAUUAAGAAAAAUCAGGGCUAAAUAUAUGAAGGUUCCUUAUCAAGCAAUUCAUGUUAGCUGGGCUCACGCAUUCCCUGUUUAUUCGGAUAUUCCUGAUUUACACAUACUUCGAACAUUCUUUAAUAGUGGUCGCGUUCAUGCAUUUGCUGUACGUAUGGAGACGUGUUGCCGAGCUUCUGUGGCAUUCGGUGAACCAUAUUCACAACCAUACUCAUCUCAUGGAUUUCUCGAUAUUCUAGUCAAUGCUUGUAACAGUGGACUGUUUAUAGCUGUUCCUCUGCUAAUUUAUCCCAAAAGACAAUCUUGGUUAAAUAGUUCGUCGAUUCCAUAUUAUCCGUUCACAUACAGUUACAUCGAUUAUCAGUCAUUAGUGACUUUUGCUGUUGAGGAAGAUGACCAAGUGACCAUAGAUCAUUCAUCUUCCCAUAAUCAAAAUCCGAGUGAAGAUUAUAUUUAUCCUUCCAAACAUCAGGAUGGGAAUCAAAAAAAGUUCACUAAGUCAAGCGAUAAUUACUACCGCUCACAGCCUUGUGGCCAGCGUCGUGGACUGAGAGGAUCUGCAACAGUCAGCAAUACUGGGAAUCGUCGACAAAAUCCAUAUGGACCAAAUCGUUUGCAAAAUGGCCCUCUGUUUGCUACCUCUCAGAAAGAAAACCAAUUUACAUCGGUUAGCGAAAAUACUAUUGCAUUAAAAUCCACAUCUAGUGGAAAUGAGCAAUUUGGCAGAAGUCAACUACGAAAACCGUUAUCAAAUCGUAAUAAUAGUGUAAGUAGUUCCAGGACCGUCUCAUCGAAUCCUGGACGAGCGACUACAUUUAGUAGCCACGAGUAAUAAUUCGGAUUAUUUCAUCUUGUCUUCUAAUGUUCUUGCUCUUCACAUAAGCUUCUUGCAGAAUUUUAUGUUUAGUGCUUUUGUCACUGUAUAUUCAUUUUUAAUCUGUGCCUUCUGUCACCCGUGUUUUCCUGACAUAUUUUAGUUUUUGUUUUUCCUACUUGCGCACAUAUAUUACUCACUCUAAUGGGACUUGAACUUUCCUACUUAUUUAGUCCAUAUGAUUUAAAAUUCAAGUAUUCAUAUGUUGUCUUAUAUUUUUGUUGAGUUCCUAUCAUUUUAUUUACUUUCCGGUAUAAUUUUUCUGUCCAUGCUGUGCUUAAUUGGAGCAAUUGUUUUUCCUCGACAAGUGUAAUGUUUAUUGAUUAACCAAGGCGAAUAAAGAUGUUAAAGUAAUCU